AGCUAAGAGUUGGUUUACUUUCUGAACGAUCCACCCCCUCAGUGCAUCCAGAGCCGUGAUUGGGGCAACACGUGAAGGCUGUAGGGGGCGUCUGGGGGCUUGACCAUACCCGUAGUGGUUCCCUUAGUGUGCGGUGCGGGUCCAGUGGUGGUAGUGGUGUGUUGGUGUACUACAUAGGGUCUGUGGAACUGCUGCUGCUGCUGGUGGUGUAGUGGUGGUGUGUGGUGGUUCGGCGGUGUCUCUCUGUGUGUGUGUGUGUUUGGAGCUCCUGCUGGUCUUGGUGAAGUGAAGAUAGUGUCAAGUCCAAGGGAGUAUCGCAUCAGUCAUCAAGAUGCCGAAAGCGGUCAAUGUGCGCGUCGUCACUAUGGACGCGGAGCUGGAGUUCGCGAUCCAGCCCAACACGACGGGGAAACAGUUGUUUGACCAGGUUGUUAAGACCAUUGGCCUGCGAGAAAUCUGGUUCUUUGGUCUUCAGUAUGUUGAUUCCAAGGGUUAUACCACCUGGCUGAAGCUCAACAAGAGGGUCUUAUCUCAAGAUGUUAAGAAGGAAACUCCUCUACAGUUCAAGUUCAGAGCUAAGUUUUAUCCAGAAGAUGUGUCAGAGGAAAUCAUUCAGGACAUCACACUGCGCCUGUUCUACUUGCAAGUUAAGAACGCCAUCCUCAGUGAUGAAAUCUACUGCCCGCCAGAGACCUCAGUCCUGUUAGCUUCUUAUGCAGUGCAGGCCAAGUAUGGUGACCAAAGUGCUGAUAUCCACAAGUCUUUGUCCAAUGAUCACCGACUAUUGCCACAGCGGGUGAUGGACCAGCACAAGCUGACUCGUGAGGAGUGGGAGGAGCGCAUCAUCACCUGGUAUCAUGAACACAAGGGAAUGCUUAGAGAGGAUGCUAUGAUGGAGUACCUCAAGUUGGCACAGGACCUGGAGAUGUAUGGUGUAAACUAUUUUGAUAUUAAGAACAAGAAAGGCACUGAGCUGUGGCUUGGCGUUGAUGCCCUGGGCCUCAACAUCUACGAAAAAGAGGACAAACUUACUCCGAAAAUUGGCUUCCCAUGGUGUGAAAUUCGAAAUAUUUCCUUCAAUGAUCGUAAAUUUGUCAUCAAGCCCAUUGACAAGAAGGCACCUGACUUUGUGUUCUUUGCACCGCGCCUCAGGAUCAACAAGAGGAUCCUUGCAUUGUGCAUGGGCAACCAUGAGUUGUACAUGCGCCGCAGGAAGCCUGACACCAUUGAGGUGCAGCAGAUGAAGGCACAGGCCAGGGAGGAAAAGCUGGCAAAGCAACAGGAGAGAGAGAAGUUGGCUCGGGAAAUUGCCCUCCGUGAAGAAGCAGAAAGGAAACAGAAAGAAUAUGAGGAACGGUUGAAAUCCAUGCAGGAAGACAUGGAACGCCGUCAGAAGGAACUCCUUGAUGCUCAGGAAACCAUUCGACGCCUUGAGGAGCAGCUCAAACAGCUACAGGCAGCAAAGGAUGAGCUGGAGUCUAAGCAGACUGAACUUCAUGAAAUGAUGGUGCGUCUGGAACAGGCAAAGGAAAUGGAAGCUGAGGAGAAGAUAAAGCUGGAAGAAGAGAUCCGUGCCAAGCAGGAAGAAGUCAGUCGCAUCCAAGAGGAAGUGAACAACAAGGAUGAGGAAACCAAGAAACUGCAGACCGAGGUUGAAGAAAUGCGACGCAAACAGGAAGAAGCCUCUGCUGCCUUGAUUGCUGCCACAACCACACCACAGCACCACCAUGUGGCUGAACAGGAAGGGACAGAGGAAGAUGAUGAUAUUCCCAAUGGGGACAUUUCCAAGGAACUGUACACAAGUGAUGAGCCCAUUGAGGAUCCCAUUGAGGAAAGGAGGACCCUGGCAGAGAGGAAUGAACGCCUACAAAACCAGCUCAAGGCACUCAAACAUGACUUGGAGUCCACAAGAGAUACAGAGAAGGAGACAACAAUGGACAAGAUCCACAAGGAGAAUGUCCGGCAGGGGCGAGACAAAUACAAGACUCUGAGGGAAAUCCGUAAAGGCAACACAAAGCGACGAGUAGAUCAGUUUGAAAACUUGUAAGAAUGCCAUAGAAUCAACAGGUACACUUGAUACACACAAACCACACACACCACAGACAUGGUCAUAUAUUUACUACUAUUCCUAACUCUCAUCUUGCAUUAAGUUAUACAAUAGUUUGCUCUAUAAUAAAUUUCAACCUUGGUGAGGCCACUUAAUUUCUUUUUUUAAUAAUUCUGAGAUUGAAAUUUUUUAACAUUACAAGAAUCAUAAAUACAUAUACCAAAUUCCUUACUUUUAAAUUUGGCAGAAGCAAUGUACUACUUACAACAAUGAUGUGGACCACUUGAAAUGGUGCUGUACCAUGCAAUCACUGUCCAAAAUCUGGAAUAAUCGUGUAUGUGUAAUUUUGCAAUCUUCGUUUCAUGCCAUUCUAAAGUUUUGAUUUGACCUAAUUUAACAAGCCUCUUCCUGCCUUACUUUGGUUGAUCCUGCUGAUCAAGCAAUAUCUAAAGAAUCAAAUAUCCUGAAUGCUAAAGUAAGGCCAGAUUGUUGACUGUAAAUAUAUGUUGGUUGAUGGGUAGUCUAUUUUGAAUAUUGAAAUUUGUAUUUCUACCACCUAACUUUAGGCCACCUUCUAGUGUUGUACAGUUUGAUACCUAUGAGAGAUCUGAUAUACAGAAUUUAAGGUCUGAUCUUUAUCUCAACAUUUAUUAUUACUGACUUGUUUUGUAUGGGAAAGGAAUGCUGUAUAGAAUAUUAUUCCCAUGCAGGUCUUCCUUGCAGUAUUUGUUUUCUGUUCUGGAAUAUUCAGAUGAGUUCUGAAGUAUGCUGUAAAACUGAACCUACAAAGUGAUGUGUUCCAUCUCUCCAGUUUCAUUUACUAGGAACCUUAUUGCAGUAGAAAUGUUAUUGCUUUAGGUUAUCAUACAAUGUGGGUCAUUUAAUAUAGGUUUAUCUUCACAACAGAAUAUUUUGUGGAAAGAAUUUAACUGAAAAGCAUUCAAAGAUUUAGCUAAUGACCGUGCUUUCUUGCUUUAUCAAGAUUGUAUGUGCUGCCAGUGCCUAUGCCACAGCCUUCCUCUCACUGUCCUUCUGGUCUUCCUGUACAUGCUUACUUCACCCAAGAAAAAGUAAUGUAGGGUUCUUCAUUGUGUACAUACCGUGUUCUGAACACUGCUUUAUUUAUUGCCAGUAAGAGUGAACUUGAUCACUUCACUGCACCAGACAAGUACUGGAGAUUCUCAGAACUUGAGUUCUUUCUAAAAUCAAAUUACAAAAGUCCUCCACUGAGUCAACAUUAUUACUUUUUGUACUAACGGAAAUUUUCCAAAAAGUUACUGCUGCAGUAAAGUUGUAGAAUUAAAUUAAUGACUGUGCUGUUGACCUGCCCACAUUCUACAAGUGACAAGUGCCGUCAGCCUUUUCUGGAAGUAAAGUAAGCAGUGCAGGAGGACUCAAUAGAUGCGGCUCACAUGAGGCUGUGGUGCAAGUCCAGCAGCAAUGGCCUUGGUGACUGUGUCUACUGACGUAGCCUAUGAUACGGAUAUCCAGUAUACACUGACGAGGUUAAUAUAAGUAAUUUUUGAAUAAAUUUGAAAGAUUG